CUCUCUCAUUUUAAGCCCCCACCUUCCCCUUUCUCAAACCAACUACUACAACAACAACCUCCUCUCCCCCCCUUCAUUUCUCUCUAUCUCUGCACUUUCAUCUCUUGUUUCUUUCUCUUUUACAAUCUCAUCCAUGGCUGAGGAGACUCAAAAGCCUGAAGCUGCUGCAGCCCCUGCUCCCGCUGAGGAAGUGGUGGUGGAGAAGGAGAGUGAACAGGAGGCUGCUUCCGAGAAGCCUACUGAUGCUGUUGUUGAAGACAAACCUGCUGAGGCUGUUGAGGAGGAGCCUAAGGUUGAAGCUAAGGACACUAAGGUAACUGAGUCUGCUUCUUUCAAAGAAGAAACCAAUAUAGCCGGUGAACUUCCUGACCCACAAAAGAAGGCUCUUGAUGAGCUUAAGCAACUUAUUCAAGAAGCCCUUAACAAGCACGAAUUCACACCCCCUCCUGCCAAAGAUAAAGAUAAACCAGCUCCCGAGGAAAAGAAAGAGGAAGACCAACCUGCCACCUCUGCUGCUGAAACUGAAGUAAAAGUCGAAACUGAAGCACCCGCACCCGUUGAAGUCAAGGAAGAAGAGAAGGCUGACCCACCGAUUGAAGCACCCGCACCCGUUGAAGUCAGGGAAGAAGAGAAGGCCGACCCACCGGUUGAAGCACCCGCACCCGAGACCGUGGUGGAAACAGAGGUGGUCGAAAAGGUUUCAGCUGCCGAUGACGACGGUGCCAAGACCGUUGAGGCAAUUGAGGAAUCUGUAGUAGCAGUGGCCACUCCUCCACCGGCUGAGAAACCAGAGGAAGAGGCCUCUUCUUCUUUGAAACCAGAUGAGGUUGCUCAAUCAGAAGAGAAGCCAGAAGAAGCCGAAGUUCCCCCACCUCCACCCCAAGAGGUGUCUAUAUGGGGAAUUCCGCUUCUUGCGGACGAAAGAAGCGAUGUUAUCCUAUUGAAAUUCUUAAGGGCUAGGGAUUUCAAAGUCAAGGACGCAUUCACCAUGAUCAAAAACACUGUUAUCUGGCGUAAGGAGUUCGGAGUUGAUGGCUUGCUGGAUGAGGAGCUUGGAAAUGAAUUGGAGAAAGUGGUUUUCAUGCACGGAUUUGAUAAAGAAGGUCAUCCUGUAUGCUACAACGUGUAUGGGGAAUUCCAAAACAAGGAGCUGUAUCAGAAUACUUUUGCAGAUGAAGAAAAGCGAUCCAAGUUCUUGAGGUGGAGGAUUCAAUUCUUGGAAAAAAGCAUCAGAAAGCUUGAUUUCAGUCCCAAUGGUAUCUCUACCAUAGUUCAGGUAAACGAUCUCAAGAACUCUCCCGGACCUGGAAAAAGGGAGCUCAGGCAAGCUACCAACCAAGCCCUUCACUUGCUUCAGGACAAUUAUCCAGAGUUUGUGGCCAAACAGGUGUUUAUCAAUGUUCCAUGGUGGUACUUGGCUUUCAAUAUGAUGAUUAGUCCUUUCCUAACCCAGAGAACCAAGAGCAAGUUUGUGUGUGCAAGUCCAGCCAAAUCAUCUGAUAUCCUUUUCAGAUAUAUUGCGCCUGAACAAGUACCAGUUCAGUAUGGUGGAUUGAGCAGGGACGGUGAACAAGAAUUUACGGUUGCUGAUGCUGCAACAGAGGUUACAAUCAAACCAGCAGCCAAACACAGCGUUGAAUUCCCUGUAACUGAGAAGAGUACUGUGGUGUGGGAGGUACGAGUUGUGGGGUGGGACGUGAACUAUGGAGCUGAAUUUGUGCCCACAGCUGAAGAUGGAUACACCGUGAUUGUAUCGAAGACGAGAAAAGUGGGUCCGGCCGAUGAAACGGUGAUCUCCAACAGCUUCAAAACGGGUGAGCCUGGGAAAAUUGUAUUAACAAUUGAUAACCAAACCACAAAGAAGAAGAAGUUGGUGUAUAGGUCCAAGGCCAAACCUUAUUCUGAAUAAAAUCCUUUGGGGAUUAUGACUUGGCCAAUGCUGAUGGGCAGAAGAACAAGUUACAAGGUUUCUUUUUGGUUUUUGGUUUGGAAAAUUAAGGGUCUUGGGAUUUAUUUUAUUUAUAUUGAUUGAAAGAAAAGAAUAUUUGAGGACUGUGAAUGGGGGAUGGACAUGUGUGCAAUGUGAAAGAAAGUGUUGUUGUCAUUCUUCAUACCUUUGCUUUGUAAAGUUUGUGUAAAUUUAUUGGUGUAUUAUUAUCUCUUGUCUAUGUUCAUUAAACAUUUGUUAUAAACUCUCAAACAAAGUCUUACAUUCUUUGUUUGCUUCACUUGUUUAUAAUACUAUUUAUCUAUUCUUAUGGAAA